ACUUUUUCUCCACGUCAAACUAUAUCCGGUCUCUCUUACAGCCAGCAGCAGUCUCGCAUGUAAACACAAAAAUAAAACUAGCGAGCAUUAUUUUACUUCACUUGUCACCGCCUAAAUUUAGUCAAAUGCUUGUCAGGCGUUGCUUCAGACUGUGCUCUUUGUGUACCCGUGUAGUUUACAGCAGCGGAGUAAGAAGAGGAGGAUGGAGGACACUUGUGGGACACGCCAGUGUGAAACAUGCUAACAGGACAGACGUGCCACACUGGGGCAGAGUAAUGUUUAAACGCUUCUUUCACAGUGAUCUGGGGGAGCUGUACAAGAACGAGUCAGUUCAGGUGUAUCUCGAGCAGCUCAUGGAGGAGCACAGAGACCUGAGCAAGAAGCUACAGCAUGCAUACCUCAGUGAGUCAGACAGAAAGGGGCUCACAAAGAAGCACACUGAGCUGCUGCCUCUGGCAAGUGUGUUUAGGAGCAUUGAACAAGCUCAGAAAGACCUCGAAGAGGUCAGUUCACUUCUAAAAGGUUUAGCUGGCACCAAAGAUGAAGAUCUGACCCAGCUGCUAAAAGAGGAGGAAGCACAAAUCUCCAGCAAGAUUUUGGCUUUAAGAAGAGACCUAAUCAAAGCUCUUAUCCCCACUGAUCCUCUUGACUCGAGUAAUGUUCUGCUGGAGGUCGUAUCAGGGCGGACAACAGGAGGUGACAUUUGUCAGCAGUUCACCAAAGAAAUGUUUGACAUGUACCAGGGUUUUGCAUUUUACAAAAACUGGGACUUUGAGGUGUUGAACUACACACCUGCAGAGUAUGGUGGUCUGCACCAUGCAGCAGCGAGAAUAGCUGGAGAGAACGUGUACAGGCACCUGAAGCACGAAGGAGGAACCCACCGGGUUCAAAGGAUCCCUGAGGUGGGGCUCUCCUCCAGGAUGCAGCGAAUCCACACAGGAACCGUGACUGUCAUCAUCCUGCCUCAGCCAGUUGAAGUACACUGCGUUUUUUUCUUUUUAUGACUUCUCUUUGUUUUUUUUUGUUUUUUUUUUAUAUUUUUAUUGAGAGACAAGUGUACAGUAGUUUACAAUGACAACACAAUCUGUUCCCAUCACACAUUUUUUAGUUUUUCUUACAUGAACAGACACAAUAACACACACACACAGGCACACCCACACACACGCUUAAGUAAACAAACAAAACAAAACCUAAUA